GUCCUUUGACCUCUGUCGCUUCUAAAAUAGAGGGACAACCUUGUGGAGACUUGAGUCAUAGUUGCAGUUGUUGACUGCGCAGUUUUGGCCGUCAGUCAAAUAGUUCCAGCGGCUGAAGUAAAAGAGAAAAAGAAAAGAAAAAGUUUUUCAACUUGUCGCAAGGUUUUCCUGGAGGAGAUGUGACGUUUGCCACACCGUCAGUUAUAUCGCGGACUAAAAGUCGUCAUCACUUUUAAAUGUAAUCAAUGUUCAAUGUUUUAAACAUUAUCUCCAGGGGAAAGUGAAGACGAAACCUCCAUACAAGACCGUUUCAUCCCUCCAGCUGCUCGUCUCAUGGGCUUACAUGAUUACAAGUUUGCUGAAGGGCUUGGGGAACUGAAACAGAGACAAGGCACAAAUAACCGCACAGUCAGGUCCUCUGUGCCUUACAAAUUCUAAGUGACGACAGCUGAUCAACACGUUUUGUACUGCACUGUCUCCAGUAACCAGUGGAGAGUAAUGAGGCUGGCAGGGAGCCUGCAGCUCGCUCUGCUUUUGGCCUUGACCUUCAGGGCGGCAGGCCUCAAGAUUCCUCUGGAAGUGGAGCAGCCUCCAACCAUAACAGCUCACACAUCAGGUCCUAUUAUUGCCCUUCCUUUUGACAACAUUGUCACUAUCAGGUGUGAAGCCAGGGGCAACCCACCACCAGAAUACAGAUGGACAAAAGAUGGCAAAGACUUCAUCCCUCCCUACGUCGCAACAAACAAAACAACUUACACAGGUGGCACUUUUGUGCUCCCUAAUGAGCACCUUAUCCAGCUCCAGGGUAAAUACAGAUGCUACGCCUACAACAAGAUGGGAACUGCCAUAACAGAGGAGACUGAAUUGAUAGUUCCCAGUGUCCCCAAAUUUCCAAAGGAGGAAAUUGAUCCCAUUGUUGUUAAGGAGGGAGAACCAAUCAUCCUGAAGUGUAACCCUCCUAAGGGCGUGGCUCCACGUCAAAUCUACUGGAUGUCUAUUGGUCUCCAGCACAUUGAGAAGGAUGAGAGGGUUUCCAUGGGCGUUGAUGGCAACCUGUACUUCUCUAAUGCCUUACAGAACGACAGUCGUCGGGAUUACUGUUGCUUUGCCGCCUUCUCCAGAAUACGCACCAUCGUCCAGAAAACCGCCAUGGCAGUCGUAGUCAAGAGCUUGAAAGCUGACAAUGAGUCUGACAGCAGCGAUGACACCCCCCCAGUGAGAAAACCUGGCCUGCUGCUGCCCUCUGGUGUUCAGACAGAGAAGGUGUUGUUGAAGGGAGAGGAGCUACAGCUCGAGUGUAUACCAGAGGGAUUCCCCACUCCAUCGGUACAGUGGAUGAAAAUGGGAGAUAAGCUGCCUUUGCGGACACAAUUUAACAACUUUGGAAAGCUGUUGACCAUCUCUGCUGUAGACGAAACGGAUGAGGGGAAAUACAUGUGUAAAGCCAACAACUCUGCUGGACAGACUGUCCACUACUUUGAUGUAAUAGUGGAAGAGCCGCCAAAGUGGCUGACAGAGCCUCCUCAGAGCCAGCUGACUGUGAUUGGGUCUGAUGUUCACAUCAAGUGCUCGGUCAGUGGAAAACCAACGCCAGACAUAACAUGGAGGAGGAAUGGUGAAUUUCUCCGAGACGACCCAGGGAGCAACAGACGAGUGCUUGACGACACUGUGGUGCUCCAUAACGCCAGGUCCGAGGACACUGCUGUCUAUCAGUGCGAAGCCUCCAACCGUCAUGGCAGCGUUCUGGCCAAUGUUAACAUCAUGAUCACAAAUAUGGCUCCUCUGAUAUUGACAAGGGACUACCACGAGUACGCUGUAAUAGUAGGAGGGGAGAUCAUCAUGAACUGCAGUGUUUUUAGCUCUCCACCACCUACCAUCUCUUGGGCCAAAGAUGAUGCACCAGAAACUAUCAGGGGAGAGCGAUUUAUUUCUCUCCAGAAUGGAUCGUUGCAAAUCAUCACUGCAGAAAAAAACGACAGUGGGAAAUAUGUGUGUGCUGCCUUUAACACGGAGGGGGAUUCAGCUGUCACUGCUGUGCUGGAUGUGAAAGACCCUACGAAAAUAGUGGAUCCACCUCAGGAUGUGCAGAUCAUCAGUGGGACCACAGCCCAGUUGAUGUGCCAGGCAGAGCUUGAUAAAAGCCUGUGGAGCACCUUUGAGGUGGUAUGGAAAAAGGAUGGGGAGGAGAUCCCACUUUCCUUUGAGGAAAAUUCCAGCGCUCAUAAGUUCAGAUACUUUGUGGACGACGGCAUGCUGCAGAUCAUGAAUGUGAACCUGAGUGAUCAAGGAACAUACACAUGCAUUGCUAGAACCAGUCUAGAUGAAGACAGUGCCACUGCACUACUCACAGUACUGGAUGUUCCUGAUGCGCCAAUGAGUUUAGAGCUGUCGGAACUUAAGAGUCCAAGGAAUGUCUCCCUGUCUUGGGUACCCGGGAGUGAUCACAACAGCUCUAUAACAGAAUUUGUAGUGGAGUAUGAGGAGAGCCAAUGGGAUCCUGGCAGGUGGAAGGAGCUACAGAAAGUCCCCGGUAACCAGGCAACAGCUGAGCUGGUACUACACGGACACCUUAACUACCAGUUCAGAGUGUAUGCUGUUAAUGCCGUUGGGCCUGGACCCCCUAGUGAGCCCACUGAGAGAUACAAAACACCCCCUGCUGCUCCUGAUAGGAACCCAGAGAACAUCAAAAUUCAAGGCCAUCUUCCUCAUCAAAUGGACAUUAGCUGGGAGCCGCUGUUGCCUAUGGAGCAUAAUGGCCCAGGCCUUGAGUACAAGGUGAGCUACCGGAAACUGGGGGUGGAAGAUCCGUGGAAGGAUCACCUGGUUAAAAGACACUCCUUUGUAGUGAAAAACACAGGCACGUUUGUCCCCUACGAGAUCAAAAUUCAGAGCAGGAACAGCCACGGAUGGGGACCAGAACCUAAAGUUUUUACUGGUUACUCUGGAGAAGAUGUUCCUACCGCAGCACCACAGGACGUAGCGGUGGAGGUGAUCAACACCACUGUUCUGAGAGUUAGCUGGACCCCGGUUCCCACUUCCACACUGAGAGGUCACCUAGGGGGCUACAAUGUUCAGUGGUUGAGGAAGCGGAGUCUGCUGAAUCCCAACAAGAUUUUAGAUGAUCGCCAGUCCCUGUCCUUCCCUGGGAGGAGGAGUCAUGCCAUCGUACCAGGCCUCGCGCCUUUCUCCGAGUACACACUCAAUGUCAGCGUGUUUAACAAGAAGGGCAAUGGGCCCAACAGCGACCCGGUCACUUUCAACACUCCAGAGGGAGUUCCAGAACAAGUGCCCGUCCUGACCGCCUCCAAUGCCCAGAAAGACUCCAUUUUGCUGGUAUGGGGACCACCCUUGGAGCCAAACGGCAUCCUGACUGGUUAUCUCCUGCAGUACCACCUCAUUAAUGAGACCACACUUGAGGUGGUUGACUCCCAGGAGAUGAACAUCAUUGGGGCUGACACCACUCAGUUGCAGCUUCAGGGCUUAGAGGAGGGCAGCCUCUACCGCUUCCACCUCAGUGCCUGCACUCGAGCAGGUUGUGGACCUGCGCAGGCCCAGGAGAGCAACACCGUCACUGCGGAAUAUUUGUCCCUGACUCCAGCUGUGGCCCCUGUUCAGAGCAGCCACAACUGCUCUCGCUCCUUUCCCAGCUCUAUCCCAGACAAUUCUGCUCAUCAUUCCUUAGUUCCAGCCCUGUUGAACAUAAGCUCUUAUGUGAGUGACACCUUUGCCAAAAUCAGCUGGACUGCCAGAGAAGAGCAGCAGGACUCACAGCUUUAUGUGGCUUAUAUGAAUAACCGUGAUGGUAACUGGCGGAUUUCAGAGGCUGUAAACACUUCUCAAAGUUUCCACGUAAUUGAUGGGCUCAAACCAGGAAUGGUGUACACUGUACGCCUCAUGACCAAGAGGCUCCUCGAUAAUGCUAGCAUUUUCGAGGACGUUAUCCAGACUCAAGUCAAAGCUAUGGAAGGUCCGCAGAGUGACUUUUCGACCCGGGGAUGGUUCAUUGGAACCAUGUGUGCUGUGGCGCUCCUCACCCUGGUUGUACUCAUGGCCUGCUUUGUGAGGAGAAACAAAGGUGGCAAGUAUGCAGGUACGCCGCCGCGCCAACGUCAAGACAUGUUCUCCAUGGAAAAAGUGAAAGAGAAAGAGGACCUUCACCCUGACGUGGAGUCACAAGGAAUGAAUGAUGACACCUUCUGUGAAUACAGUGACAGUGAUGAGAAGCCACUGAAGGGCAGUAGCCUGUGUUCCCUGCAUGGCAAUGGAGACAGAGUGAGCAGAGACAGUCUGGUUGACUACGCCGACGGCGGAGAGGAAUUCGAUGAGGACGGUUCAUUUAUCGGGGAAUAUUGUGGACGCAAGCACAGAGGUUCUGUUAGCGAGCCCAGUGGACCCAGUGCAGUCACUGCAUAAAGCCAGGCUCCAGUUGAAACAGUCAACUUCCUUACUUUUUAAAUUCAUCUUCCGUGGCAUUAAAUAUAGCUUGAAUAGCCAAAUAUGGAGGAAUAAAAAUGACUCAAAUGUGCAGAAGUUUUUUCCUGAAGACUGAAAAGGAAAGGAAUACGCCCGGCAUACACAUCAAUGUGAAAUGUGACUCUUUGUACAUACUGUAAGACAAUGAAGUGUAUUUGUAUCAUGUUUUAUGAUUUUAUUAAUAAUAAUAAAGUGUUUUUGUACCUAUCAAGCCAUAAUUCUCAGCGGCGUAAAUCGGAAAAGCAGCAGAUCAAAACUUGUUUUUUAUACAGUGUUUAUCUACAACAUUCAUUUUCUGUCACUUUCAUGAUCACAAAUAUCUAGUCCAAAAUGCUUUACUGUAUAUGUACUAUAAAUUAUAUGUAUACAUUUUUGAUUUUUGUUAAUAUAUGUGUGAAAGUUGAUCAUUUGUAUUUUUUUUAUUAUUGAAAUGCUCAUGAUGUCCUUUAAUACGGUGGCCCUGAGAGCUCAACGCUCUGCAACUUAAGAACACACACGCAAACAGACAAAACACAAGCCAGUUCAUACACAUGCGCUCCAAAUACUCACAACACAACCAAAUACACAAACACGCUGCAAGUAGCACAGACAACAAUGGAAGAGUUUCAAGGGGAAACUAAAGACGCACUUAGUGCUCAAUCCUUUCCUCCAGUCAAACUGAUGAAGAUGUUUUCUGAAGUUGUUUGUGUUUUUGGGUAUAUGUGCAUGUGUUUGCUUAAGCUGCAGUGCGUUGAGCUCUCCGGGCCACUGUACCUUUGUGUCAUCAUAUCAAGUGUUUGUUGACAGAAACGUCAGAACAACAUGAACUCCAGAACAAAGUCAAGGAUCUGAUUUCCCCAGCACUUCCCCUGGUCGGCUGUGGGAGUUAAAGAAGGGAUAUUUAUUAGCUGUUAAAGUAAUGUGUGUAUUUUUGUGAAUAGUGUAACUGUGAAUACAUUUAUUUACAGAACUUGUUAAAAGUCUAAUUGGUGAUUAAAGCUCUCACCUUAGGGAGUCUCCACUACUGAAGUGGAAGUUUUUAAACCAGAACAAAUUGUCCUACUCCCACUCUUACUUUUUUUAAUCAUGUGCCUUUAUUCUGCCUGAUAUCACGGAGUGAAUCACUCUACAUCCCUUUAAGAUUAUCUGGCAGCUGGGCUAUUUAUUAUCUUGAAAUUCUAAAUGUCGAGUCCUUUCUUCCCAUUUUAUUUUUACUUGGCGCAGUGAUUCAUCAGUCUCUAUUUGUUGCUCCAUGUCUGUCAUUUAAAAAGCACCCACACUCAUAUGGUAAGCUCACAGAUGACCUUCCAUUGAACAUGGAAAGGGAAAACAUGAUAAAAAAAAUUCCUCCUUCCUGAGCAAUUGACGAAAUUAUACAGCAUAUUUUGUUCACAAACGAAGCACAAUGUGAUAGUGAAAUGAUAAAAAAAUAUGGCUGAAUUAAGCUUGAUUUUCUCAAAGGUCAAACACGUAGCAAAUCCCAGAAACAUUUUGCCCGUUAUCUCCGCAACACAUGCCGUGAAUCCUCACAUGCAUAAUACAUGUUGCUAAAAUAUUCAUCGAGGAUAUAACUCAAAUAAAGUUGAGAUUUGACCUAUUGAACAAUCUUACUUAAACAGAUGUAAUAAAGCACGAUAUACAAAGUGCUAAAUGCUUCAUUGGCUAGAGGCAAAUUUUUAAUGUUUACGAUUGUAAGGCGAGUUCUUUAAAGAUACGAUACAAACGUACUGUUUCAGAUUGAAGAAAGAAAAUGUGGCCUUUUGAAAUGCAAACCCCAGAAACUUUAAUGGCCAAACUGCAUGUUGUAUGAGAUUCUUUGAAGAUGUUAAAGACAAAAACAAAUCCUCCCACACAGUAAACAACAUGAGAAAACAAUA